GCCUAACGGGCCGCACCGCCCCUACUGUCCUGGGAGGGGCGGGGCUGCAGCCCCUCGGUGUGAGGCGCCAUGGAGCGGGCACGGAGGACCCGGGUCCUAGACGCGUCCGGAAGUGGCUCCCUCAGGCUCCGCUCAGCACCAUAGAGCUUGAGGGCGGUGGCCAGGGGUCGCGGGGCCCGCCUGCCUAGAGCGGCGAGGACGGGGUGGCGGCCCCGGCGGAGGGGGAAGGGAGGGGGAAACGGCGCGGGCGGAAGCGGCCAGGAAGGUCACUUCCGGCCUGGGCGUCCGUCCCCCUGACCCCAGGGUCUGAGUCGCCGCUGCCACCAUCCGCGAGGCAGGCGCAAGGAGGAGGAGUGGGGCACGGCGGCCCCGGGACCGAGGAGGGACCCAGACAUGGAGCUGCGGGAAGAGGCCUGGUCUCCGGGGCCGCUGGACUCCGAGGACCAGCAGAUGGCCAGUCAGGAAAACCCAGGUAGACAGUGACCUUGGAGGCGCCUGGGCGGCGUUGUGGGAAGAUGUUUCCGCGGGAGCGCCUUCUGGCGUCUGCUGGGCCAGUGCACAUGCCCAUCCUGGCUCGGCUGCCUGCUGGCCGUGCAGCCCGGGCCAAGUCGGCUUCCUGGUGUGGCCUUCGCCCUAGAGAGACGGAGCUGCAGCACCUCACGGGGUGUGACACACGACGCUCGCUUGGUCCCGCCCUUGCAAGUGGACAUCCUCAUCAUGGAUGACGACGACGUCCCCAGCUGGCCCCCCGCCAAGCUGGCCCCGCCCCCGACGGCGCCUCCCGCCGGCCCCCCACCCCGGCCGCGGCCGCCGGCGCCCUACAUCUGCAACGAGUGCGGCAAGAGCUUCAGCCAUUGGUCCAAGCUGACGCGCCACCAGCGCACGCACACGGGCGAGCGACCGAACGCGUGCGCCGACUGCGGCAAGACCUUCUCGCAGAGCUCGCACCUGGUGCAGCACCGCCGCAUCCACACGGGCGAGAAGCCCUACGCCUGCUCCGAGUGCGGCAAGCGCUUCAGCUGGAGCUCCAACCUCAUGCAGCACCAGCGCAUCCACACGGGCGAGAAGCCCUACGCCUGUCCCGACUGCGGCCGCAGCUUCACGCAGAGCAAGAGCCUGGCCAAGCACCGGCGCUCGCACAGCGGCCUCAAGCCCUUCGUGUGCCCGCGCUGCGGCCGCGGCUUCAGCCAGCCCAAGAGCCUGGCGCGCCACUUGCGGCUGCACCCCGAGCUCGCGGGCCCUGGCGUGGCCGCGCGCGUGCUGGCGGCCUCUGUGCGCCGUGCCCAGGCGCCCGAGGCGGCGGCGGCUGCGGACGGCGAGAUUGCCAUCCCGGUGGGAGACGGCGAGGGCAUCAUUGUGGUGGGCGCCCCGGGCGAGGGCGCAGGCGCGACAGCUGUGGCUGUGGGCAGCGGGGGCGCGCGGGCAGCUGGGGCCCCGCGGUCGCGCCGCGCGCCGGCGCCCAAGCCCUACGUGUGCGCGGAGUGCGGGAAGGGCUUUGGGCACGCCGCGGGGCUGCUGGCGCACCAGCGGGCGCAGCACGGCGACGGCCCAGGCGCCGCGGGCGGUGAGGAGCCCGCACACAUUUGCGUGGAGUGCGGUGAGGGCUUCGUGCAGGGCGCGGCGCUGCGCAGGCACAAGCGCGUGCACGCCGUGGGCGCCCCCACAGUCUGCGGCGGCUGCGGACAAAGCUUCUAUGGUGCGGGCGGCGAGGACGAGGAGGCCGAGGAUGGCGCGCCCCGCUGCCCCGAGUGCCGCGCCGGGGAUGCUCGGUAGGGCCGGGGCGGCGGGCGGAGGAGCUCAGAGACUGGAGAAACGGACACGGCUGCAGGAGGCCAGGGCUCGGCGGCUCCGCCCCGCCACCCUGCCCUCAGGGCCGCGCCCCUCCUCGCCCCGCAGCAGCUGGGGGAGACCCCGCAGGAGGCACGGGGCGGCACGGGCGGAAGGACGGGGAAACCCCUCCCCAGAGGGAAAAGGAAGGGACCCUUCUCCCAUUAAAUUUUCUUUUAAUCACACCCA